GAGACCUUGGCGUGUGUGUGUUUGUGUGUGUGUGCGUGCAAGAGCUGACAGCACAUUCUGUGGUCGAGAGCUACAGGUGUGCCUCCGGAGAAUCAGAUACAGCGGAAGCAGAGACACACACGCAUACACUGAGCCACAACAGGCAACUCCAAAAUGAACUAAAGUCUACCUUAACGGACAGAGAAGAGAUUUGGCAGGAGAUAAACAGAUCUUCACACAGAAGCAGAACGAACUGGACUAAGAAAGAGGAGGCAGCCUCAAUGCAAAGAGGAUAUAAAAUAACCUUUACUUACAAGAAGCUGAGAUUAUGCUUGAAAACUAAACCAUGAUCAUUCCCUGGCAUUUCAAAAGAUGGAGAUGAAGAUGUCAAACAUAACCCUCUCAGGAGGCAACACUUCUGCGCUCCUGAAGGACAACUGUGACAUCAACGAUGACUUCAAGUACACCCUGUACAGCACCGUCUUCUGUCUGGUCUUCAUCAUCGGACUGGUCUUCAACGUGGUGGCCAUCUACAUUUUCGCAUGCACACUCAAGAUCAGAAACGAGACCACCACCUACAUGAUCAACCUGGCCAUGUCAGACUUGAUGUUCGUGCUCAGCUUGCCAUUUCGGAUCUACUACUUCAUCAAGCGGCAAUGGCACUUCAGCGAUGUGCUGUGCAAAUUGUCCAUAGCCUUGUUCUACACAAACAUGUACGGGAGCAUUCUGUUCCUCACGUGCAUCAGCGUGGACCGAUUCUUAGCCAUUGUUUACCCCUUGCGUUCUAGAACACUGAGGACAAAGCGGAACGCCAGGAUCGCCUGCUGUUGCAUCUGGUUGGUGGUGCUGUCAGGCAGUCUGCCCACUGGCUUCAUGCUAGACACCACGUCCGAGAAAAACCAGGAGGGCAACAACACACAGUACUGCUUUGAAAACUACUCCAACGAACAGUGGCAGACGGAGCUGUCUAAAGUCGUUCUGUUCGUCGAGACGGUGGGCUUCUUCAUCCCCUUCAUAAUCAACCUGACCUGCUCCAUCAAGGUUCUUCGGACACUUCAGGAUCCAAAGACGCUGGCCCGCGGGGGGCAGCUGAACAAGAAAACCAUCCUCCGCAUGAUCACCGUCCACCUGCUGACGUUCUGCUUCUGCUUCAUCCCGUACAACUUCCAGCUGAUCUUCUACACGCUGGUCAGGAGCCGCGUGUUCACAAACUGCACGGCGAGGAUCGUGGCGAAAACCAUCAACCCCAUCAGCCUCUGCAUCGCCGUGACCAACUGCUGCUUGGAUCCCGUCGUGUACUACUUCACCUCCGAGACCAUCCAGAACUCCAUCCGGCGCAAGGCGCAGAGCAUGCGCAUCGACAACCUGCGGGACACCCUCCAGAACAGUCCCAAGCUGAAGAGCAUCAGGAACUUUGCCAAUAAAUUCAGCGCUGAUGAGUCCACCAUAUGAAAUAAUACUGUGAGGCUGUUCCAAUGAUCGUACUUUCCGCCCUUCCCGCACUGUGUUUGGGUACGCAGGGCGGUUCCAUUUCUAAUCGCGGCGGAGAAGUGUACUGUAAACUACCCGGAUAACGCCCUCAAACCGGCCGUUUUUUGAAGUGUGGAGUUAUGUACACUUUUCGCACUCAACGGCCGCCAUGUUUGUUACGUAGUUUCCUCUCUGGUUGAGUGUCAGAUCGAUCGAACUGCCGAAUCUCUGUGAUGACAGCAGUUUUGAUUCCAAUGACAAUAGCCAUGUGUAUAAGAGGAAGGGGUAACUUAAAAAAAAUGUCAACAUAAGGAACAGUGUCUGUGUUAAAACGAACCAUUUUCUAAACUUUCACAUUGUGACUGACAGGACCCAUGUUUGUGUGGAUUAUAAUGAUGCGCACUGUGUGCUGGACAGUUUUAAAAUAUUUAAUCUCAAUCAAUUGUUUCAAGAGUGCUCUGCAAGCGUGUCAUUUGGCAGAAUCAAGCAAAAGCCAUAGUACUGUACUGUACACCCAAAACUCUAAAUGACUGACUAUUUAAUGGCAUUACUGAACUCACUGGGAAAGAUACAGUGCUCCGUUUUUAAUUUCAAGAAGAAAAUAAAACCUGCACUCAACCAACUUUUUUGGGCAAUGCCUGUAGAAAAUGAGAUUUUGAAAAAUGCCUUCAGAUUCUCAUUCAUUCAUCCAGGUCAUCUUAGUCAGAGGAGUGUACUCGUAGACACCUCUUGGACCUUUAAAGGAACAGUCCACCAUUUGUGGACAUAUGCUCAUUUUAAUGAACGAGUUUUAACUUUCUCCGGUUUUUCCUCAGUCAUUCUCUGAUUCUGGUGAUGGUACUUCUUAGCAUGCAUGAUUGAACUGAAUGGGACCAGUAAGUGCCAUUCAUGUUUUGGUACAGUUCAAUGACACAUGCUAAGAAGUUAAAUCAACAGAAUUAGAACGGCUGGAAGAACAGGGGGAAAGUAAAACACAAUUAUGUGAAUCGAGGGGAGGUGUAAAAUGAGGAUAUUUCCAAAACAUAGUGUCCAUUUAAGAUGUUUUGCCUCAAACUGAGAGACAAGACUGAAUUAGAACAGAAGAAAUCUUUCAGUUGAAGAGACGAGAUGUCUUAAACCUCCAAAAGGACAUCCUCUUGCCUAGAACUAAACGGUUGAGAAGGAGGAAUGUAACUCCUGUGUAAGCAUGCUUGUGUUUUUAAGUAGUGUGUGCGAGGCCUUGGCUCUCAAGUCAUUGCAUAUUUGUGCAACUAAAACAGAACACAUGGUCUGUGGCUGAACAGUGCUUCAUACGGAUGUGGCAGUCAACACAGAACCUCACUAACACGAUUACAUCAGAGGAAGACGACUUGACCAUUUCUUCUUGCUCUUCAGAAAAAGUAGCUUACAUGGACAAAUCUGUGCAUGAGAGUUUCUGCUUUAGAGUGGAAGCCACAUAGCAGAGGAAAAGAGUGGGGAGGAGAUAAAAACAAGGGAGGAAAGAAGGAUCAUUAAGAUGCCACAGGUAAAGUAGCAUGUCUGAACAUUGCCUGAUGUGUUGCAGUGGAGGAGAAAAAAACCAGAAGAGGCAUUUGAAAACCAGAGGAUGCAUUCUGCAUCGGAGGAACUCAGUCUCAGCCAUGCUGACUAACAAAACAGGACCAGUUCAUCAAUUACAAUCUCAUUAGUCACUUAUCAUUUGUGCAUACGACACAUUUGGCACAUUUGCCUGCUUUCAGUAUUCCAUAAGUGGAGACGUGAUCAUUUCCAGUCAGAGCUGUUGCUAGCCAUUUGGGUGCAACAGCUUUGUAAUGCCACGCCCCAUACACCAUAUACAUGUGCAUUAGAGCUGCAACGAUGCACAUUUAUAGCUGGGGUGGGCAAACUAGGGCCUGGAGCCAAAUGUGGCACUCUGCUCUUUCAUGGGUCCCACCAUGAAGUAAAAUAAAAAAUAAUUAUUUAUUGUGUCCUAUUCCUACAUUAACCUAAUAUUAAAUAUUAUCUUCACUGCACAGCAUGGCUUCAGAACAGGCAUGCCUUGGUGUAUUUUUUUUAGCAGCUUUGUCAAGAAGUGCAGCAUAUGCAGCUGUUCAGAUAGACAAAUGCACCCACUCUUUCACAAGAAACUGGUUAGAAACAGGUGCUCCACAUUUUCCAUUUGAAGCAUAGUUUUGAAGCUUUCGGACCACAAACGGAAAAGUUUGCCCACCCCGGCUUUAUAAUAUGAUGAGGUCUCUAAAGAGUGAAGAGAGACUUGUUCAGGGAACACAUUUCAUAUGCAUGUGAACCAUACUAUUGACACCCAAUAAAAGAAUAUGCAUACA